CAAUGCGGGGGCUGUGUGGAUGGGCACUGGCUGCACCGUGGAGGAAAACGUGCAUUCAUCCAGUCUGUGCUGUAUGGUAGUGACAAACAAACGGCCACAGCGCGCGAACAAAAACUCAGCUGUAUUUACAUCCGGACAUCCAAACAUCAGGGAUUUGUAUCUUUGCAUGCUUGCAUGAACAUCUGUGUGCAGGUUUCGGAGGUGUUGGAGGUUUUCGAGGAUGUAAAAGUGGACUGCAAAAGCUGGAGCUGCUGGCGCUCCAAGGCUGGGUUGUGACUUCAGAAAUCCCCGCUGUUGUUCCACGUUUCCACGGAUGGAAUAAUCAUCUUUUUCAUUCAUCAAAGGGAUAAUAAACCCCCCACUCUUUCGUCCUCCAUGGUGCUUGAAGGGUAAGCAAAAAUAAGGUGUCAGUGCAUUGUUAUCCUGUCGAGUGUGCACCGCGUGGAUGCUUACACACCUAUGUUUUUCAAUCCAUUCGUUCCUCUUUUUGUGUAUUUGUCAGAUGGUGCACACUUUGCUGCACAACAACUUUAACUUAUUUAGAAAAAUGCAAGAGUGGUGCAUUUCUCCUGUGCAGAAUGAUGUCAUUGUACGAGGCUGUUUGGCAACAAAACCCAUCCUCGCCUUGUGGGUGUGUGUGUGUCUCUUGUGGUAGCAGGGAGAUGGACGGGAUCGGGAACACCAUGCAGAAGAAGGCUGCAGAGCUGGAGCGGCUGGCCGAGGUGCUCGUCACCGGGGAGCAGCUGAGGUAGGUCGGCCAAGAAUCUCUGCUAAGCCCUGGAUGUGCGGAGGGUCACGUAUUUUGGACAUUUUUUGUCAUGAUUAUUAUGCAAAAGUGAGCAUCAUACUCAAAAAUAUUCAGUGGAAAUCACCUCAUGAAUGUGUUCAAUUAAAAUACUGUUUAAUAAGUGAGUUUUAAGGCUCAGGUUUGUACGUUUUGAUGCCCAGAUUGGGACAAUCAGGACAUGACAGGACAUGACACACUUACUGAGAGCAGUGGGUCUUGUGAGCAUGUGUGGCAGCAGGUUAAUGAUCAUGCAUGAAGCCCCCCCUCCCUGCAAACUGGCACUACACGCAGUUUCAUCUCCACUGCAGCAUGCAAAGCCAAACAAAGGCACCAACACAUGAACAAGCUUCCCAGUGCACACCACUUCUCCUCAGUCAUUGCGCGCACAUUAAGCAUGAAAUGUUACAUGCUCAAUGUGACUUCACUAAAUGAACUAUGUAGAAUCCUGUUGUUUAGAGCUGAAUGCAUGAAUCAUGUUCAAGCCACAAAGCCUGUAUCAUUAUCAUGCCCUGCCCAUCCAACCUGUCAGGGAAUUGUAUCACCAACCCGGGCUGUUUUGUUGGCAUGCUGCGUCCUUUGACCUGGUGUAUGUGAAGAGAGGCCACAUAGCGCUGUGUUGCUCACACUCCCAGCAAUGAAUAGAGGCUCGGUGGUUAAAAGCAUGGCAUCAAUGCCUGGAAUUUCAGAUCCUCUCUGGACUACGAGCAAAAUACACCGCUCUCUUUCUAUGCUGUGUGGUAUAGACGGAGCUUUUGCUGAUUUAAUUGGAGUAUUUUUAUAUGCUGUUCAUCCUCAGCUCAGAAGAAUCAUAUAUUGUAACAGUCAUCACUUUUGGAGACUCACAGUUUGCGUCUCUUAAGUGUAUUCCUGCUGAGCACCAGUGUAUUUCCCUGUUUGUCAUCAUGGACUGUGUGUGAGUGUGUCCCUGGCACAGCUGUACACUGAGGCUGCCAGCUGGCACUGUUGCCAGUGCCACAGUGUCAGUGAACGGAGGUUCUUGAGGUGUCUGUCCCUAAGUCCUCUACCUCUGAGACCCUUCUGCUCAGGGGGAAAGGGCUUAAAGUUGUGCCUCUCCAGGUUUGAUGUUAGUCCUUAAACCUCUUUCUUUUCCCUCCAACAACAAAAUAUUCCAGUGUUACAUUUUUAUGAAGCCUCACUAUCAGGUCACAUAUUUGAUUUGAACUGUUUUUUCAUUCUAACAGAACGUAUGACUGCACUGAUAUACUUAUCUUAGAUUAAAUGAUAUCCAUCAGUCAUUAAGAAAGUUAGUUAUGUGUCUACUUUUCACAAUAUAACCGUUUGCUUAAAAUUAAACAAGCAAACGGGAUGACAGCAUUUUGCAAUAUCUUGAUUUAUAAAGCUUAUAUCCAUACUAGGGCAUUCUUGUCCAUACAUGUCAUAGUCUCUUAUAGUUGCUAGUUUGCCUAAAGGCUAGUUGUGUUGUCACUCUGCAGACACACAGCCAAGUGUAAUGAUUGAUAUCCCCCUAGAGGUUUCAGCUUUGUCCCUUGGCCUGACUUAACAUUUCAGAGUGAUUGAGAGCACUAGAGUUAUUAUCAUUUUGUAAACUGAAGUAUUCAUGGAUAUAAAAUAGGCCUCAUAUAAAACACCACCAGUGUUAAUAAACCACAGAGUGUACCUACCCACACCUUUGUUUGAUCACCAUAUCACAAGUCAAGCUCGUGGUUGAGAAGUGACAUAGUUCCCUGUUCUGAUAACAGGCUGUUUUUUUUUCAAGUCUUAUCACAUAUUUCGGUCCCAUCAUGGCCACCGCUUGUCUCUCACAACAGAUUUGUUUCAGAUGGAGAGCUAAAAUCAGACAGAAAGAUGGUCACCAUGGCACAGUGACACAUGCAGCUGCUGUAGUAAGUCCUGUGACCAGUUCAUCGCUGUGAAUAGAGCGAUUGUUGCCACAUAGCAGACAGUGAGUCUUGAUAACUGUUGUCAGCCUGGGCCUCAGCAUCACUACAAAUGUAUAGAGGGAUCAUUCAGACUCUUGUCUUGCAACAGCAAGUAACUUUAAUAAAUGAGUUUACAGAGAGCAAUCGUAAAGAAACAGCAAGGUGUUGACUUAACUUUUAGCUCCAUUUGGGAAGUUUGUAGCAAGGUUAGACAAAAUCCUCUAAAGCUGGGUGAAAAGAGGAUGAUGCCAGAACUGAGCUGAAGGGAUGUCUGUUACCUGUUUGAGUUUUGGCAGAACAUUGCAUGGGUACUUUUUGGGCAGGCUUGGCUGUCAUAUCUAAUCCAGGGUGAUGCUAGCCAGCUGCACAGAGACUCAGCAUGGAGUGGAGCUAGCUAGCUGUAGGGAGCUUGGCAGAGGCUGUGGUGGGCUGUUACACAAUACAGAGGUUCAGGAUGAGGUCACCUUUGUGACGUCAAACCAGCUUUAAAAUGCAUCUAUAGAUGCAUGGGAGGGUUGGCAUGCAUUCAUACCGCAGUUGCAUUAUAAAUCUCUUCAGUAUCCCAACCUCGAGCUAAGGUGAUGUGUUUGCUGUGUCUGGUUUUAUCAACGUAGAGUCCACCUCCUUUAAAUUGACACGAGCACUGCUUAGGUACUACUUUACCCUCUUGAUAAAGAUUUAGACUCCUAGUCCCUCUUUAUACUGAAUAAAACAUGCAAGAUAUUAUGGAUUUAAUACCAUUGCAGUUGUUACUGUAUGCUCUUGCUCUAAAAACAAGCCAAGCUAAAAUUAGCAGCGGCUCUGCCCAUGGUCCCUCCUGGUGCCCUGUGUAUAUAAAGGAAGGUCUAACAGAGAACCAAAGUAUUCAACCAUUAUGGAACUAUUUAUUAUAAUAACUUUAAACACACCCAUUUAAUGGGAGUGAAAACACUGGUUGCUGACGUCUUGCUAGCUUUACCUUACAUAAUAUUCUCUGAUUGCUCAACACUGUUGUUAAUUGUUAUCAUUACAGGAUAAAUUACCCUCAUAUUUAUUAACCUAUCAUCCAUCAUAGCCUCCAUCUGACAUGACAAAGCUAUGUAGGCUACGAGAAGGAAGAAACAAGUCUCUUAUUCUGGGGGUAAAAAGGUGGCUUUCAGUAAAUUAACUGGCUUUACUCGCCAAACUUGUGUUAACUUUUAAUAUUACCUUAUUGGUUAACAUGCAGUAUUGUCUUUGGCAUAAUGAUAGCAUAAAUUAUAAAAGGUGAAAUGUCUGUCUCCUACUAUAAUGCUAUUACUUCCAGGUGAGGUUGUUCUUGCUACUAUGCUUAACAUGGUCUUAUUUUUAUAUUGAUGAACAGAGAAUCAACUGUUGAACAGGUUAGUACAAAAUCACUUCAUGCUUAUUCGCUGCCCUCCAGGCUGCGGCUCCACGAGGGUAAGGUGAUCAAGGAUCGGCGGCACCAUCUGCGAACUUACCCAAACUGCUUUGUGGCAAAGGAGCUCAUUGAUUGGCUGCUAGAACACAAGGAGGCCUCAGACCGGGACACAGCCAUCAAGAUCAUGCAGAAACUUUUGGACCAGAGCAUCAUUCACCACGGUAAGCCUGCACUGUGUGUGUGUGUGUGUGUGUGUGUGUGUGUGUGUGUGUGUGUGUGUGUGUGUGUGUAAGUGUGUUGAAUGUUUUUGCGAGUGGGCUUGGUGUUUUGCAUGCUUUUGCUCCUCUUUUUUUCUUCUCUGUUGACAUUUCCUGGGAACGAGCUGUGCCUCCUGAUAGAUGAUUCUUCUUGUUUUCCAGCCAAUUUGGCCUGAGCGUGACUUCUCACUACCUGCUUCACAUUUACCCAGUCACUAAAAGACAGAGGCAGAAAUGUAGGCCUGUUUUUCUCUGAGGUUUAAGUUUAGACGGAGGCAACUCAAUAACAACCCAUCCCAGCUGUGCAUGGAUAAUGUUGUUUGGAUUUCAGCAGCUGUUUAGUACAAACAUAAUCCAGUUCCCAUGACUCCAUUGUGUUAAACUUGUUGCUUAAGUUGUUAACAUCAUCCACACUUCAGGGUCAUGACCUUAAGUGACCUCUGUGGUCACUAAAAUUGGAGGAGCUGUGAGGUAAAUAAGUAAUUGGCCAACAUAGCAAAUGCAAAGCUCAUGAAACAGGUUUCAAUGAUUUUUGGGCCUUGUGAUUGAAUUCUUUGUGUUACUGUAUGAAUAUUUAAAAAUCAAAACACAGUUCUAAAAGAAAAAACAUUAAAUGUGAGUCUUUGUUCGCUCUCUGGGUUUAACUCUCGUCACUCACUGUCAGUAGCAACCUGGUUCUCUGUCAUCCAUAAUCAAUUUCUUGCCUCCCUGUUCACAGUUCUCCUCAGGGAAUAAGCUUUUAAACUCAUCGCUUGUGUGUGUGUGUGUGUGUGUGUUGUCAGUGUGUGAUGAGCACCGGGAGUUCAAGGACAUGAAGCUGUUUUAUCGCUUCCGAAAGGACGACGGCACGUUCCCACUGGACAGUGAAGCCAAAGUCUUCAUGAGGGGGCAGAGGAUCUAUGAAAAGUAUGAACACACACUCACACAAACACACUAAAAUUCUCAGCUACGUCCACACAAGCGAGUUACUCACUGCGGUCAUUGUCAUCGUGGAGCUGUGAAAGGGAUCGAGGGAAAUGGGUGCUGAAACAGUUGCAUAAUGAAAACUGAAAAACCCCGGGCAUUUUUUCCCCCAGCAUUUUUGAUUGAUUUUUUGCUUUCACCCUUUUACAUGUAAGCUUUAAAGGAAUAGUACACAAUAUUUUAUCUGUAGAGGGCUAGUUAAUAAUACACCCUCAUAUUAGUAAGUUAAUAUGGUGGUACUGCUAGAAGCUAGUACUGAGCAUAGAGAAGGAAAUUGGGUGAACCAGCCUAACCAAUUAAUUUGGCUGGUUUAUGGCAUUUUUAAUCAGCAUCAUAUUGGCAUCAAUUUGAUAUUACCAUUAUAUUGCCUAAACAUAAUAAAAAUCAAUUUAAAACAAAUUAAUUGCAAAGAAAUUAUGGAUUUAAACAUGACUUCUUUUAAUUCCAAUCACAAUAUUUAACUUUUUAAAAUUUAUUUAUUUUUUUCUAAUCAUUUAAAUUGGCUCGUUAGACAUCCAAAAAUCCUCUGUUGCAAUAUUUUGCUUAGCUAGGGUGACAUAUCCUGAAUCCACAAAAAGAGGACACGACUAUGCAGAGGGUGGAGUCACGGAGUCACACAUAGUUAAUUUUAAAAGUUUUGGAGUCGGACCAGGUGUUUUUUACGUGCUUCUAGCUCAGUUAGUCCAUGUGACACAAACCCAAAUCUUCCAUACAAAACUGCAGACAUUUGAAGGAUUUUACAAACUCCCCCGGUCAAAGUCAGACAAGGCCGGACACUCAGCCCCAAAAAAGUAGGGCAUGCCCGGGUAAAAGAGGACGUAUGGUCACCCUAGCUUAGCUAAAUAUUUUUCCAUCUACUAUCAUAUCAUUUCAUCAUGUUCAUCAAUUUUGUUUUUUAUUUGUUGUUACUAGGAAAUUGUAAUAUUUUUUACAAUCCUCAAAAAAGGAACAGAAAAGAAAACAACAACAAUGGGAUAUGGACAUUAUGUAUCGGCCAUCAGCUCACCUGCUUGCUCACCAGCAUCAGCCUGUGAAUAACUGCUUAAAGCUCCUUAGAAAUGCAUCAAGGCUGUUUAUUGAAAUCUAUUUGUUGUGGUGAGCAUAGCUAGCAUGCCUCGAUACGUAAAAUUUGCUAGCUUUCGUAUUAUCGCAAAAAUGUGUCAUACAUUUGUGUGGUGCUCAGUCUUAUCUCGCUCUUCAUGUUUCCAGAGUAGCUCCUCCUCAUAACAUCUUUCUCUGAUAAAAACAAGUGCAAUUUUUGAGCUACAAGACAUUUGUCCCCAAGCAUAUGCAUUAGUUCUACUUCCUGCUUUCUCCUUAAGUUUCCUCAUCUGGCAUACACUCCGGGGUUAGAGUUGGUUGUGUACAUCAGAAAAUCCACCAGCAUUCAUUUAUGGUAGAAAAUAACUUUCCUGGUAAAUUGGGUUCCAUUAGAUUGUAGAGCGCAGUAAUCAGACUAAAUGGACUCUGACCACGAUAAAAGCCUGCAGAGAGAAAUCACAAGUCAUGAGAAGGAUCUGAACAGGAGAUGACUCAGAGCUUUGUCCAGCUAUAGGCUGGAUCCAGAGGUGGAAAGAGGACUUCACUAAUGGAACUGUUUUUGUUUGUCAUCAGCUUUUUACCCAUGGUGCCAUGUUUCCUAUGCUGAUGGGACAAAGCGUUGCUAUAGUAACCCCAAAAUCCAUGUCUCUACUUCUCUCUGUAGUUGUAAAACACUGGCAUCUCUACAUUUAUUUAUUUUUUUUUUCAAAACACACUCCGCUUGACUCUCCUUCCCCUUCUCACACAUCCUGCCACCCUCUUUGUCACCCAAGGAAACUGUAUUUGUGUGCCUCCAAACACACACCCACAGUGACACUCUCAUAAACAGAGACUUAUUUUUCAUGUCUGCUUUCUGGGGCUUUAGACGCGCAUGGACACACGCACGCACAAAUACACAGCAGUUGCAUAAGAGGAAGAAAUAGUCCAACAGGAGACAUCUGUCGUCUCAGCUCUCAAAGCUGUGUGUUUAUGUAAUCUCUGCAGCAGUCUAGGACACACACACACGCUCGCACACUAAUACACAUACAAACACCCCCAAAGCUUGUUGUGUGGUUGCUUGAUUAUGAAGUAGAGCUGCCUCACUGUAACACUUUUGGCACAGCGACAGGGAGAUGAUUAUUUUUCUUUUUUGCAGGACAAUGCAAAUUUUUGUAUAUCUUACAUGACAGGAAGGAUCAUUUUACCAUUUCAUGUUUUCAGGUCUUCAAACUGACACUCACUUUUCUUUUUUUUUACAUGUGGUUUCAAAGAUGCAGUUACUUUAAAGUGAUUUCAAACCUUGUUAGCUGUUUCACUGUAUUUCAGUAUAUCCUGUAACAAAUAACUGUGAUCAUUCAUGUUUGGCAAAUUGAAUAAAAAUUAACUUUAGACAGCUCUCCAGUGAACCAAAACAGGAAUUUUACUGCAUGAGUUAUUAGCCAGUGGGUCAAAUGAGGACAAAUAUCCUUAUGUCAAUAUCCUGACUUGUGUCAAUAUACGGCUACUAAAUAUUGAUGCAGAAAACACGUGUUUUCUGUAUCUGACUUGAAGUAUUACAACUUCAUGAUUUAUUGGAGUGACUCUAAUGACAUUACAGUCGCUCCAAUAACAUGAACAGAAGUUAUUUGGCAAAAGAAGAGGCAGUCGACAGUGGCAUAAUAGCAGAGGGAGAAAGCAGCUAGUGGUGAAAAAAAAUAUGAGAUCUGCAAGCUUCUUAUAAAACCAAAUAGAAGAAAGAAAGAAAGAAAGAAAGAAAGAAAACUAUCUUUCAGCUCUAUGCUUGGAUGAGAGGGGAAGUGGAGGAUGCACUCAGAUCUGAGGAGAGAGUUGCAUGCAGCACUUGCGAUGGGCAGACUUGCUGAGCUACUCAUCUCCUAAUGUUUUCUAUCAAUAAGCAUUGAGUUAUCUUUUAUCAAUGAAUUGUUAUUUUCUCAAGGUAUCCCUGUUUAAACGUGGCGACUCCAGUGACCAGCAUAUAAGGGCUGUUUUAAACUACACCAGCUAUAGGGUUAACACAGUAAGGUGGAGCACCACUUGGUUGAAAAUGAUAGUCUAAGAAGAAGAACAUGUUCCCUGAAUUCUAAUAAUUUGCUUCAGGUAGUAAAAAUAAUGACAAAGAAAUUGUCUUCUUGUCACUAAUAGCCUCAUUUGCCUUUGUAGCUCAUAUAGAGGCAUCAAUAUUGAUUCCUGACUGUUUCAUUACCUGCUAAAGACUCCUCACAGUAGCUUUAAUGGGAAUUUAAAAUUGGUAAACGUACUUUACAAGGUAAUGGAAAGGGCUGUACUUGAAUUAAGCCUCUGACACCAUGAACACUCAGUAUGUCCCCAUCCCUGCAGCCAGACUUAAAUCUCGUUUUUCCAUCGAUAUAGAAACAGUCCUCUCCACACACUGCGCUCAUUUGACGACAACAUCAAAGAUCAAACUGCAGUAAACAGACCAAAGAAAGGCAUCCCAGACACUUAUUAUGAUAGCAGUUCCCAGGCAGGGGUUAGGUAGAGUGUAAACAGGCCCUCUAAAGACCUGUUCGCCAUGUGGACUGUCUGUAUCUGUGUGUGUCUUUUCUGUCAGUCGCACUAGAGCAGCAGUGAUUUUUGCUGCUUUGCUGAGAGGUACCUCUCAGCCCUUUGCAUUCAAACUUGUAAACCUAGUUGUGCUCUGUUAGUGUAGGCAUCAUAACAGAAUUAUACUGUCAUCAUAUCCCAAUUUUGUCAAAUUUCAGGCAAACAAUCAGGCCUGAACUUUGUAAAAACAGUAAAUUUAAUCAUUUUAGUCUCACUUUCUACUUAUUUAACACUUGAGCCUUUGUCUCCACAGUCAUUUUGAAAUAAAGAUACAACCUCUGGAGAUGCUUUCUCUUCUCAUGUGCACACGUCUUGAUUUUAUAUUUAUGCCUCAACGGGGGUUGUGUCAGCGUGUGAGAAGCCAAAGAGAGUCAGUUUCACUUAGACCCACUCAGUUUGCAUAACACUCCAAAGACUCUGUUUCUUAAUGCCUGGGCUCCACUGUCCUUAAAGGGCCACACUCAUGAUUCUGUACACUGGAGGUUUUGACCUAAAUUGCAAAUUACAUACACUUAACAUUACGCUGACCAUUUGUCUGCAUUCCAGACAACCGACACACUAUAAACAGUGAUUUUGUCUUUCUCACCAGACGCAUCCACAGAAGUUUAACAUGCUGCCAAAGUAAGAGAGAGUUUAUUUUAAAGACAUAAAGACUUUCACAAAGAUGUCUCUGUCUCUACAUAGUUGGGGCUCUGUAACCCUUUCAAUCUAAUUAAUUUCAUCGGCUGGUCUUUAAGCUUAAAAGUAAAUCCCAACUUUUCCACAUGACAAACUGAUGACUGGAGGAAUGCUUUUGGUUUUUAUAGUAAAAGGCUCAACAAACAAGGUUACAAAGUGCAUUUUCUGUUUAAACUGAGGCGAUUAGCCGAUAGUAAUGCUACAGUGGCAGUCACAACAAGCACGGCAAAUUACAUUAUCCUCUAUUUAUUGAUUCACAAGGCCACUGUUGGGAGGCCUAGCAGACUGUAACCGAGAUUAAGAGCUCCACAGACAAAACAAAGUUGGUCUGAGAAAGACGAGAGCCACAAAUGGCCCACACUGGGCUGUGUUUGAAGUACUUAUGCUUGACUGAUUGUGCGAGGGAAAUUUUUGUAGACAGUUAGUUUAGGUGAUGUUUCCUAACAUUUACUGGUAUUAUUUAUGUAGGAAAUAGCAACAAUUUCAUUUCCAGUUUUAAGUUUAGAGAAUAUUUUUUCUAUUUGUUUACAUUCUCUAAUAGAUUUAUUGUAGGUGAGGCUUGUAGUAUGAAACAACAUUUAGCAGAACGGACUGGGUUGAAAUGGAAUUCAGUAUUGAUGAGUAUUUUUAAAUCAGUGUAUGACCACCUAAAUAUAAAAAUAAUUUUGUUUUUCACCAACUUAGAUUCAUAGUGUCUCCCUCUGCCAUCUGGCAAAGCUGUGUUAUCACAUUAGCGCACAGCAGACAGUAUGUGCAUUUAAUUGAGCUCUUAAUUGAAAAUGGAGAUUUACUUUGUAAAGUGAUUUAAAGAAAAAAAACAAACACUGUAUCCUGAUUUCAUUCUCUUCAGCUCAACCAUGAAGUGAGCUAUAUUUAGAAAUUACUUAGGUUCUGUAUUAAAUAUUUAAAGUUAGAUAUUCAGCCUCUUCCAGAUCAGCCUUCAGGGGAGAUGAAUUAAGACCUUGAGAUUUUUUGUUCUACAGUUAAACGUAUUUGUCUCACGUGCUCCUAAAAUGAACCUUUAGGAUAAGUUUUUGUUUUUAAAAGACUUUGAAAGAGGUUUCAUUAGUGCUCCACUUUUAUGCUGGACUACAUCUGAGAGCUAGGAGAAGUCUGGUGGUCAUUCAAACACGUCUCUAUGGGCACCACUCCAGCUGAGUUAGGUAUGCUGACUGAACAAUAACACUGCAUUUAUAGGUCGUAGCAGCUCCUUUCACCUCACUACAAGAUAUAAUUUAUGCUUUGUAUUCGCCAUCUAAAACCAUGUAGGAUAAAUUGUCUUUCAUGUAAUGCUUCAGAUGCUAUUUUUCCAAUGGGCUGUAUUCAAGUACAGUACUUUUAGCCAGCCCUCUGAGCUUACCUUGUAUGUUGACUUUACAUGUUUACCUGGAUUAUUGCAUUGUGCUCACAGCCUGGUUUCAUGACGAAACAUUAUGGCCCUUUCGUUUUAAAAAUUGUAUAACCAUGUUGAUCUUAAAUGUGGGUCACAGCUAUUGUCCUCUUUAAGAUCCAAAUCAAUUAAUUUUGACGUUAAAACAAGUUUUGUUUGGUUUGGUAUGUUAAGUUAAAGCAGUUGUGGGCGUCAACCUCAGACCUUUGAAUACGUUGAAAUUGACUUCUAUUCUUUACUAUAAUUUUAUUAAAGCCACCUGGAACCCAAGGAAUAAAAUUGUCGCGUGCAUCAACAUUUUAAUUCUCCUGCUGUGGGUGAGAAUGACUCCUUCAAGAGGACACGACUGACUGGUUUUGUGUUUUUAACAAAAAUAUGGCUUUGUAGAGGUUUCAUUUGGCUUGAUUACAUUUAUUAUCAUCCUCAUUUUGCGUCUGUAGAGGAGAAGCUGUUGUCCUUGUGCGCUGUAUUUUUCCAAAGAUGUUUUGCACUAGAAGAUAAUGAAAUCUCUGGUCUAAUAAAAUCCAAAAGAGGAUAAACUGAUGGCCUGUUUUAUGCCAGGCUAAUGAGGUUUUCUCAAAAUGUCGGGGUGGGGACCGACUACCCAUCCACUGUGAUAAUCAAGCACAGUUUUUUUUAAUUAAAAAACCUGGGCAAACACCAUGCUGUCUCUUAUUAUCUAACCCUGAUGAACUGUAACAAAAUUACAGUUGGUUAAAGCUUUUGCUGGGUCAUUUGCAUAUUUGAGGUGUGGUUAUAGUAACUGUGUGGAGGUUAGCGUGAGCUGUUGUAUAGGAGUGAUGUGAUAUACCUUUAGGGGCCUCAGAGUUCCUGGAAACACCCCGGUAACUGCUCCAUUUGUUUGAAUACUUGAAAAUUAAUCAAGCACAGACUCACAUGAGGUGUCUGAUAAUUAACUAGAAAAUAGGUGAAUGAUUUUUUUUUGUGUGUGUGUCCAGUUUAGGUCCAUUUAAUAAGGUCACUAGCUGUUAAAGUUUCAUGUAGCUCUUACUGAAGUUAAGGCCUUAAGAUUUUUCUCGUCAUGAUUAGUCGUCUUGCAAAUAUUUUGUCUUUAAACAACCCCUUCCCCUUGUUUUGUGUUACACUUUCUAUACAUUCCUUCAAAUGCUUGAUCUGCUAUUAUAUCCAUAAAUAACGUCUUUCUCUGUGGCAUUAUGUCUCUGUUUAGUGUGUCAGCCCGGCAGUUCAGUGAAUGAUUGAUGGCCAUUAAAUCUGGGAACAUAACUGUGCAAGAAAAACACGGGCAAGAAAGUUUAGUGUCUCCGUCUCUUUGAUGACACGGUUUAUUGCCAGCACAUGUUCGGACAUGUCCAACUGUGCCACAAAAGCUAUUCUAUAUAACCGCCCGCCGCCUGCCUGUAUGUUAUUGUUUGAAUGCUUUGCGGACACAGUGUGGAUGCGAGUGGCAGGUGUAUAUGUGCGUGUUUUCAGAGCGCAUAGUCAGCGAUUCUGUUCUGUCAGCUCAUGUGUGUACUUGUCUGGUUUUGUUUGUUGAAAUUGUGAGUGUGUGUCUCUGUUUUUGUCUGUGUGUGUUAUAUAGUGUCGCCCAAAAAAACUCUGCUCCAUGUCACCCCUUCACAUGUACUGUAUUUCAGUUAAACUAAACCGUCAUGUGUUUUAUUCAUAUUGGUAUAAUAUAUAAACGACAAUGUGCGAGCUCAACAUGUUGAGUCCAAAAACUCAAAUAUUUAUAGAAUUCAUCGAGGCAGAUUUUCCUUGAUGUAAUUGUUGUGAGCCGUCGCUCUAAUCUGGGGUACCAGGAAUAUCAUGAUAUUAGUUUGCAUUCUUAUGACUCCAUCCAUGCGGCUUAGGUGCUAAUCUGCAGACUUCCACAGUGCAGUGCCGGUUCUUUUUCCACCAGACAGAUUACAGAGGGGAAAUGGGCAGAGCUAUGGGAUUUGGAGGAUUAUUUUCCCUGCAGAAAUUUCCGAUUUUGGUUUCAUAACGACCUCAUUGACACAUAUUUUGAAUAACUAAAACUUACUCUCGGGUUGUCGGAUAUUAAUGUGUUAUUCAAGCAGUUCACACACUCCACAACCACUGGAUGUCUGACACAUGGAUAAUAUAAUGAAGAUGUUUGAAUUGAACAGUUAAUGUGGAUUUUAUUGCUUUUGUACAUUAAAGAAAAACGAUAACGUCUCAAUUUGCGACUUGUAGCCUCUUCUUAAUUCCACUUGUAACUCAAAGUUUUCAAUUUGUUCCCAACAGGUUGAUGAACACUGAAAAUAAUCUUUUACAAACCAGAGAAGAAGAGGGCGGGACGUUUGAGCGAACGCUGGUAGCCUCGGAGUUCAUCGACUGGCUGCUGCAGGAAGGCGAGAUGCCGACUAGAGAGGAGACGGAACAGCUGGGACGAAGACUUCUUGAACACGGCAUCAUCCAGCACGGUGAGAGAAAACAAGUAACACCUGUAACAUUUGAUCAGUGCACACAGAAAUGUGCUGAGGUCAUGAAAACACUUCAUAUAACCUUGAAGCGUGCUUAAAUCCAGCGUGACUGGAUCAGACUGUACAGAUGUGACAGAUUGAUGGUCUGUGAACGACUCCUGGUGACAGUCAAGCUUGUUGCCCUGGUACUAAAAAGAGCUCUGAUGGUUCAUAACAACCUCUUGGCUCUGGUAUAAAGUUCUCCCAUGAGUCAGAUUCCUGGUGACCUUUCCCCUCAUAACACAGCGUUACCUUUGCUUUGGUCUUCAGGGUCAUCCUGGAUUACAGCCUUAUCUGAACACAUGAACACACCCUCUUGACUCCUUUUUGAGCUGCUUCAGUCAUGUGUAGUUUAGUCUUAAAGCACAAAUGAAUCACAUAUAAAUUAAUGGGUCUUAACUGGAUGAAAGUUUCACCUUUUAUUAGAAAUGAUCUUUAAAAUACUUAAACCUCAAACACAAAACCUAAAGCAAACUGACACUGUGUCCAGGUUGAAUCCUUGUAUACUCUGAAACAUUUGACAGUAAACUCUGAUCCUCCAGAUGACGUGAACUGACCCACAACCCAUCUCACUCCGGAUGGGAUUGUGUUUGACUUCUCUUGAUUCUCUGUGUCACCUAGAUUUGACCCGUAUGGCCAGUGUUCGAGCACGAGUUGGGUCACAAAAGAUGACAGAGUAACAAAUAAUGUGCAACAUGCCACAGCUAUCAGGAGGUGAAUACGUUCUCCCGGCUGUAAAGACUAGAGCUAUAUUGUAUCUCUCAACUUGAGUGUUUUUCUUUAUGCGAUUGAUUCUUGUUUCACCAGUUAUAUUACUCAGAGACUUAGUAAGUCUUUUACAACUGAAUAAACUCUAUACCAACAUGAAUUCAAAAUUUACCCUGCAUUGGACAACACAUGAGAAGCAUUAUGAUGUUCUCUCUCGGCCGAAUUCUUGUUCCAGCAUAAAAAAAAAACACGUCUAUAAGUGUGUGACAAGGGUUGAUUCUGACUUUUAAAUUUUUUUUAAUCAAAUUUAAAGAAUAAAAGUUUCAUACAUUUAUCAAUUACACACAAAGAGAGCUUCCAGACUAGAGAGUCCCGGAUCCUGUUUAAGAUUUUCAGCAAUAGUGCAUUUAAUUAGUUUCGUACUUUCGAGUCUGGGAGGAACUGAAAGCCAGAGUGAUCUCCUGAUUUGCUUUAUGAGCAGCAAUACUUUGUGUGUGUGUGUGUGUGUGUGUGUGUGUGUGUGUGUGUGUGUGUGUGUGUGUGUGUGUGUGUGUGUGUGUGUGUGUGUGUGUGUGUGUGUGUGUGUGUGUGUGUGUGUGUGUGCUUGCAGCCCCUCCUAAAAUCUUAUCAAUCCAAGUCUAAAUUUGCUCCAGCUGUUUGGAUGCCUUGUUAUGGGCUCUGUAUGGGCACAUAGAGUGAGACUUUCAAACAUAAAGAUUACAAAAAUCCUGGAGCACAUGCAGAUCCAGACUUCAUCAUAGUUAACUUUUGGUUUAUGUAUUCUCCUGUGAUGUGUGUUCGCUUUGAGAUUCUGUUCAACACAGGACAUAGAUCCUGAAUGACGACGGUCACCACAUGACUUGAAAUUAGAUUUGAUGCUGAUGUUUGUAGCUCACACCCAUGUCUGAUUACAUUAGGAAGUGUGUUACUGCAGAGACAUGUGAGGCACUCAGUGCUGCCUUUUUUAAACACAAAACAUUGUGUAGAUUUGAAUCAUGGUUUGGAGUGUCUACAUACUUCUGCACAGAACUUUUUGAUUUCAUAAGACAUACACUGUUGAGCUGUUGAAUUUAUUUAUAAAACAAAUUACACAGAAGAAUAGGUCACAUGCACACAGCUCCAACACAACUGAUGGUUGCCAUGAGGAAGUAGUUCAUUGUCAAUAAAUAAGUGUGAUGGGGAAAUGAGUAAUACCGAUACCACUUACAUAAUGUAUUACAGAGUCUGAUAGAGACUGCAUGGUGUCUGUGGAAAUAACCGCACCAACACUUCAUGAAUGACUUUGACUGUUAUCAACAUUCGAGACACAAAAAUGUCUCAUUUUGUCCCCCCAUGCAUUUACAUUCAUAACAUAUAUAGAAGUUCACCUUUGGAUGAAUCCACAUUUUGUCUUGCUGACAUCGUUUUCUGUGGGAUAGUGUUGUAGCUGUUUUUGUAGACCAUAUGUCAAACUAACUGAGACUAGGUUUAAAAUUAAAAAAGAAAAUGCAAGCAGGCAAGUUAAGGAGUGAAAUUGUUGUUCCCCUGAGCCUCAAACACUGUGUCAGCAAGUCUUUAACUGUAUUUAGCAAGACUUUGAUUUUAAGUGAGACUUUUUCCACUGAGAGAUCUUCAUAUGUAGGUUUAAGCUGAGCCAAAGAAACAAUGUCUUAGAUUUGUGGUUGUUAAGUCUGUUUACUGGUCUGGGGAGGAGACCAAAACAUUUCACUGAAGGCUGUCCUUGGGUGUGUGUUAGUCUUUUGUAGCAUACAAUAAAAGGAUUUUGUUUAGUUCAAUGCCUGCUGAAGGGUGUGUUUCUCUGCUCAUGGCUAAAAAAAACUUCAGUGACAAAUCAGUAAAGGUUUCAAAACAUCCAACGCAUAACUAAUGUAAAAAAAAUCCCUCCAGGUGAACAUUUUUAUUCUUUGUACUUUUGUCCUUUUCUGUUGAUGAUUACAACCCCAGAUUUUAUUAGUUCUGCCUAAGCUGUCUUUUGCUUUUAUAAUAUUUUAAUUUUCACAACACUGUGCAUGUGGGCAUAUUUAAUCAAGGGUACGAAGGGAAAUGUUGAAAAAAAUGUCAACAUUGAUGUGACUGAUGAAAGUAACCCAGUUUGAACAGAGCUCAGGGGAAAAGGUUCAGAAAAGGAAAUCUUACUUUACUAUGCACAGAUUGAAACAGUGGAUUUACGAUUGAUUUAUGGACAUGUUCACACAUUUCCUGCAUACAUCCCAAAAGUUAAAAAUAAGGUUUAAAACAGUCUUUAAAGUAUACACAGAUGACUACACCCAGUACUAUAAACUUGUUGAAAAUGAUUGAAAUUGUUCUAUGAGAAAAUCUCUUUCUGUAGUUUCUUGUUUGGUAUUUUUAAUUGUCUCAUUUUACCCACUUUAAAACCCUAAAUCUGAAGGAAAACUAACAAUUCGAAAUAUACUUGGCUUUUGUAUGAACUGUCAAACUGAAGUGGGAAAACGCACGUGGCAUUACAUGUCGUCUUCCUUUAAAAAAGGCUUAAAUGCAGUCCCAGUGUACUCUUUUCAGCUGUGGUGCUCAGCUGACGUAGCAGUAGCCGUUUCUCUCUGAGGUCAGGUUGUGUUUAUUCUGAGCAGGUGAUCAGAGCUCAGUGGACAGUUUGUUCAGUGCAGCCCUGAUGGGUCCAGAGUUUAUGCUUGGCAGACGUUGGUUCACGUGAAAAACAGGGAUUUGUCACGAUUUUGACUUAGCGGCAACCGGAAGAGAGUGUUAUGUAAUAAAAUAUUUUAAUAAUGAUUUCACUUAGUUUUAAGGAAUGUACCCCAAUGAACUGAUAGUACAAGUUUAAAUUAACAAGACAUUGACCAGUUUCCUCAUACCUACCCUCUCUUUGACUCGUUUAUGUUUUGCCUAGUAGAGAAAGUGUUCUGUUUUAUAGUGAAUAUCCAAAGUGGCGUGUUGUGAACUUUCAUCCAUCUGUAUUUGCUUUUUAUCUUUUCUUUUGUCUGAAACUCUUAAAGUUAUUUAUUCUUUCCAACUCUCUCAUUUUCUUCACCAGUCACCAACAAGCAUCACUUUGUGGAUGGGCCCCUCCUCUUUCAGUUCAGGAUGAAUUUCCGGCGGCGACGGAGGUUAAUCGAACUCCUUCAUGAGCGCAGUCGCAGCAUACCCGAGAGUCACGACAGCCCCUUCUGUCUCCGCAAACAGAACUCGGACGGAGGCAACACCAGCUUCCUCUCAGGUAGAAACCCCAAACAAACAUAAACACACAAGGAAAGAUGGAUGGAGUCCCUGUGCGGCAGUCAUCUGCUUCUAUGAUACACAACACACUCACAUAAAUUAAGUAGCGGUAAAGUUUUAUUCUUCCCUACAGAAAACUUUAGAUGUGAGGGUUUUUUCUUUUCUUAAUGAAAUUAAAAUGAUGUUGAGGAAAUUAAAAAACUUGAUUUUUACUGUUAAAGUGUAAAAACCUAAAAGUAUGAUUCAACUCAAGGACAAAGAUUCCUCUGUGCUCACUUAUGUUUAGGAAAACUACCAUUAACUUUGGAGACUGGCAGGAGUUUGUUAUGUGAGUCGGCUUAAAAUAAAAAUAAGGUUAAAAUUUUUGUUUAACUGUCCCAUUAAUGGUGACUUCAGGGGUUGUGUUUGACAGUAAAAUGUCCUCUAUGAAAUGUUAAUUUAUGAAAAACUUGAGUUUCUCUGCAUGACCUGUGAGAAAAGACAGGAUACAACAUUGAAGACUGAGCCGUAAAAGAACAUGCAACUUCAAAUCCCUGUCAUGAAUUAUUGAAGCACUGCAAUGGUAUUUCUGGUGUCUUAUAAACCCAUAAGGGUUGGGCACUUUGUGUGCACAACACGAAAAUAAUAUAAGCAACCCAUCAAUCAAAGUAGUGCUUUUCAAAGGAUCAUUGGCUGCUUUACAAAGAUGGGGGAACAAACUAGUAAUAAUCAUAAAAAUGAUAAUAAUACAUAUUUUGUCACUGGGUUCUGUCGUCUAGGAUGAACCCACAGUGACAUGUCAACCCGUUUUCCAAUAUCUUCUGUGUACAUGCACAAACACAGACACCAGAUUAAGUGUCCUCAGUCCCUCUGCCAUAGAGAGAUAAUGAAGUGAAACUAUCUGUGCAGUCUGGUAGUAGAGUGUAACAGAAAGUCCUGUCUUAUUAUCCACAUUAGUCACUUGAAUUUGCCUAAAUCUGUGAAGGCUUGCAGUAUCAGCUCAGCUUCAGAUUAGGUUUGGUUUAGAUUGUAUUAAUCAAAUCAUGGUAGGCUACUUAAAAAAAAUAGCCAAAUGAUGCGCUCUUUAGCUGUGAAUAUUUUUCAUAUUUUUUCUUCUAAAAUCGCUCUCAGAAUAUUUGCUCACAUACAAUGACAGAGUUAAAGUUGUGUAUUUUAUUAAUACUACAGCUUAUGACAUUGAUAUUCCCCUUAAAACCUGUAACAUCGUUUAUUUGAACAGGAUUUCUUUUUUGGGAACGGGCAUCAAUCAUGAGGAGCAAACAAUAGCAGAGAGAGUGAUAACAUCUUUGACUAAAAUGGAGUGGGCAACUGUAUUAGAAAAACAGGAAGUAAUGGGAAAGACCGUUUACACAACUGAUAUUCCCUCAUAAACAUGUGCUGCUCUUUACUGAUUACAGGGUGCUAAUUAAGGCAUUUGUUUUACACAAGGCACAUAAAUAACAUCCAAUGCUCCAGGUAAAAAGGGGAAGAGUUAAGUACUUUUCUGUGCUGAUGAAUGACCUGCAGUAACAAAGGCUGAGUUUAUAAACCGUCACAUCAAUCUUGGUCUGUGUCCUGCUUUAUAGAUUUCCUAUCCUGCUCAAUCUGUCUUUCUCCUAACAUCUCUCUCUCUCUCUCUCUCUCUCUCUCUCUCUCUCUCUCUCUCUCUCUCUCUCUCUCUCUCUCUCUCUCUCUCUCUCUCUCUCUCUCUGCGUCAGUGAGUCCCACUAAAGAGAUAAAAGUGGCUGUAGGGGUUCGGCGGAGCAGCAUGAGCAGCAGCUGUGGCAGUAGUGGUUACUACAGCAGCAGUCCUACACUCAGUAGCAGCCCACCUGUGCUAUGUAACCCUAAGUCUGGUAUGUAUCACAGGCCCACACCUUUUACCCAGCAUGCACUUGGCCUCACUGUACAGCUGAACAGAUCAAACAGGAAAUACAUGAUUUAAACUACCCUCAUUUUCAUAAAAAACCAAGAUGGGGGGAGCAGCAGCAAAGACCCUGAAAAUGGGACACCCACUUUGACAUUUGCCAUGAGUGCUGACAGAGAGAACAAGAGCACUGGAACUUCUCUCUAUGUGUGUACUGUAAAUGCGCAUGUAUCUCAUGAUUGUGUCUUUGACAGCCUAGUUUACACCUCUUACACCUGAUGGGAUUUAUGAGUCAGUGGGAUUUGUAUGUUUGAUGUUUUGUUUACGUACUGACAGUUUUAAGGCUCUAGGGUGAAUCCAAGUGUUAGAAUUAUCCCUUAAAUGUAAUUUAUGAGACCAUAGUCACUAUGAUCACUCAUAGCAGUGGUCUGUUAUUUCUCAACAGCAGACCCAGGUAGGGAUGGAGUUCUGAUCACAGACGAAACCAUAUGAGUGCACAGAAAGAAAUCUGAAGACAAGAGAUGAAAAUAGCAGAGAAAUGCAGGAAAGGUUUAAGAUACAAAAACUGCAAGCUAUGAUUGACAAACCCACGAAACAGAAGAUAGUGUCUGUCAAACAUAGGGCUGGGCAAUAAAACGAUAUAUAUCAAAAAUUAAUUUCCCUCAAUAUCAAUAUAAAACAUGGUCAAUAUGCUGUUCGAUAGUCUGCGUUCUGCCAUGUUUUGGUAGAUUAUAUGAAUAGCCAUUGAACAGGGAGAACAGUCUCCGGGUCCGCUUUGCGCUCACCACCUAAAGCAGUGCCACGCGGCAGAGCACGCGCAAUGCAAAAAGGUUACAAACCCCAAGCAGAGCAAAGAGCCCAUGGCGCCUGUGCAGCCAAAACAGCCGACCACUCAGUCCGCUUUCUCUAGCACAACGCCUUACGAUAAAAUGUCUAAGAGACACAAAGACCUCACAGAUGCAGUUGCUUAUUGUAUUGCAAAAGACAUGUUACUAAUAAGCACUUUUAAAUUUCAUUUUUUAUACUGUGAUAUAUAUCGAUAUCGACUGAUAUGAAAAAACUAUCAUGAUAAACUUUUUCCCAUGUUGCCCAGCCCUAGUCAAACAUUGAAUAAACUCUGAUUUUGGAUAUGAAAAUGAAAAGGACAUGUAAUGGAAAAGAUGGAAAAGAAAACGUCAAACUGUGACAAGGUAGAAACACUAGUCAGGUGUGGUGUGGACUCAUGCUUCCCUUUUCACCUUGUGUGACAGUGGGAAUGUUCAGUUUAGUAUGAGUGAUCACAGCACCAUGAGGUCGUUUUAAGAAGGCCACAGAGUGAACUCUUACUAUGGACUCAUGUCAAACUGUGAGUGUAACAAAAAGAUAGAGGCAUGUAAGAUUAUUCACUCUUGACUGGGUAGUAAGCUUUAUGUCUGAAUCCCGCUCACCCUGCCAGGGUUACAGUCUUUUAUAGCACCUACUUAUUAUAUAUUAUUUCUAAGUAAAUAACAGCUGUUGAAUAACUUGUCACCGAUUCAAAGACUGAGUCAAAACAGAUAUUAAAUAAACAGAUUUUAUUCUCUUUAUUUUGAAGUCCUCUUGACCUCAUGUUCACAGCAAAGGAAAUACAGGGAUGACAGUGUUGUUGGUAGUUUGUUUUAGAAAAUAUGCCGGUUGUUGUAACUGUCAGUCAUUCAUAUCAUUCAGAGAUAUUGUGCUUUGACUGCUACAUAGAGAUUUGAAUUGCAAAGGGUUGCCUUCGAAUUGAGAGUGUGUGUGCGCAUGUGUGUGUGUGUGUGCGCCUUUACUACUGUGAGCUUCCUUUUGAUGUGCCUAAUCUAAGCAGAGUCCUUGACAGAGUCUCUUUGUACCACCGGAGCCCCCUCAACACGAGCCCUCACACACAAAACACAAUGAACAGGAAAAGGAAGGCACACACACUCACACACACACACACACACACACACAUAAAUUUCCUUUUCUAACACAUAGCCUGAGUAACUCUGUCACACAGUUAGUAGAUGAAGAGUCCCGCACUAUAAAUGCUGACAAAAAAAGACGUUUAAAAAGAUGUUUAUGUUGUGUUUGUUUUUGAUCUGAGAUCGAAUGAGCCGAUUAUAUAUUUAAUGUGAGUUCUUCAACAAAUCUCAUCGGAGGAGGAUUUCCACAGAGAGAUUAUGGAAAUGUUGCGAUCAAGCAGAUGAAAGACCUCUCUGACUUGACUUCCUCUUUUUCAUCAGAUUAGAGAGAAGUACUACACAGGCCACGAGUGAUUUAUCAAGAACACACACACACACCACAUAAGUACUCACACACACACACAAAUCUCUGGCAGUCUUUGAGCUUUCAGGUUUUCUUAGAAGAAGUAAAAGCAAUCUAAGUUUUCGGGAGUUUAUCCAACAUACUCGAGUGCAGGAGUUGUGAUUGACAUAUGUAGCAGUUACUGCAUGUUAUUCAAGAUAUCUUUAUAAAACAGUUUACACUCAAACUUUUACUUGAAGAUUAGUGAGGUUAUUUUGUAAUGUCACAGUGUCUCAGCUUUUAUGAUACAGAGCAGAACAUGAUUAAACUGCGAUAGAAUAAUACCCCUAAGAAAGAAAAGGAGGGUCAAAGUUGAGUAACUGUGAAAGGCAUUCACACAGGAAAAUCACACUCCAGUUCUUGACUAAUUCAAAUUCUCUAUUUCAUAUGACCUCAGCUGAACACUCAUGAAUACAAUGUUUGUGUUCAGUCUUAAAACAGUGGUCUAUAUCUUCUCAGCUCGCUAAUAAUGCCAGAUUUUCAUCAUUUCCCAUAAUUUCUGCUAAAUUACACUUCAUACAUUUUUGAGGCAGAGGUCACAAGUUUGAGCUCAUGGGUGGAUUAUGUUGAAGUGAGGUCUGUUAGGAGAUAGUUGGAGGAGGGGGACACAAGCUAUCCUGUUUCAGGAAACAGUGAGCCCCCGGGCCAUGUUAGCCAAGUGACUGACUUUAGCACUUCAGGACACAUAUACACACUCUUUAUCCAACAGUGUUUUGUGUGAGAUUUACAGUGUGUUUUUUGUGUGUAGGGGAAUAUAGUGUACAUGUACAAGUGCAGUAUAGAUACGAAUCCAACUUGCAUUUUGUGAAUGUGUAUGUAUAUGUGUGUGUUUCUUUUAACAGUUCUAAAGCGGCAAGUGAGUCCAGAGGAACUGCAGACACCAGGAGGACCUUUCCUGAAGAAGACAUUCACUGUAAGAAACACACAAACAGUCACAGUUCAUCUGUAACAAAGACAACUUCAGUGUGGCUGUUGUCACACAUAAUCACAGUCACACAUUCUCCUUUACAUUUGUGCGUACACAAAGAGAGAGAGAAAUCGCAAAUCUCUCUCUGGUUGAAUGUGUUGUGUUUAUCACAACAGCGUAACAAAUGACCUUCAUACUGGACAGAGCCCAUGAAAAUCUAGAUAAAACAAAACAAGGAACAUAAUUAUUAAUUCUCCCUCGAAAUAGUUGUAAAGAUUUUUUCUUUUUCUGGACUUUCUUGUCAUUCCUCAGAUCGUAGGAGAUGCGGUGGGCUGGGGCUUUGUGGUGCGAGGCAGUAAGCCCUGUCACAUCCAGGCCGUGGACCCUGGUGGACCUGCAGCUGCUGCUGGCAUGAAGGUAAAGACCAUACCAUAUACAGUAUAUUGAAAUAUGGACGAACUGUGAGGGGCAGGUUUGUUUUGCAGGGUUAGGAUGCUUAUGUACGACGUUAUAUUGUCGAAUUCAAGUAAAUGUUUUUUUAAUAUCAAUGGCGAAGAAAAAAUGAUUGGCUCUGUUGUCGCAGUGUUGCAGUAUUUUCAAUGAGUUGCCAAGUCUGCAUUGGAAUACAACAUUUGCUAUGGAAGGGUUAGAAAAAAAUAGGACUAAAGAAAGUUUUGAAGGGGAGCAGAAAAACUUUCAGCCACAUGAAGUGGAUAUGUCAGUGUAAGGAGGGAAAGAGGGAGUAAAUCAAGCUUGAAAAAGGAAAACAGAGUCGUGGUGGCUCUGCUGCCACAGCUGGCAUGAAAGUAUGUAAGCAGGGUGGCAGCAAGGAAUCCUGGGAAUGCAUAGCAGGGGGACUUGAGAGGGAGGUGAGGGGAGGAUAGAAUGAAGUGAGGAGCAGGAACAGGGAAGAGGAAAGGAGAGCAUAAGGAUGAAAUACCAAGUUAUCAAACACAUCAUAAAGAGUCGGUUUGGUUUUUAAAUGUUCGGGGUUGACUUUAUGUGGUAAGGGCGGCAGAUUGGGGGUGUCAUCUUAUUUAAAUGUUUAACAUUAAAUCUGUAUUGCUUUUUUAGAGCCACUUUAAUGUUUCAUUUCAAUAAAAGGAAAAAACCAGCCCUUAAAAGAAAUCGAAAUCAAUUCAUGUCUACAAAGUUAAGAAUGGGAUGUUAACUUGGAUGAGGAAGAGGCCAAGGUAGAGGAGUCAAUGAGGAAACAGUCAGUGGAAAUAUCACCACUUCUGCUUUGCUUACUGUCAGCUGUCAUAUUUUAUCACCACGGAAAAUGUGUCAUGGUUCACAGGCCGGUAAAGGAGUGUGUUUUUUAUGACUUUUUAUGUAUGUGAUUAACUCUGUUGAACUGGGUGUGUACUGAUUAUAUGACUUAUGUGCGCUUUUAGAACAUCUUGUAACAUUUUUACAGCAAGUCUUCACCUGUUUUUGUUUUUGUUGUUGUUCUGAAAGGAAGUUUUAGCUUUAUCUCAGUAUCAUCAUCGUAGAUUAAAGUCCCAGCAUGCAGCAGUGAGACCUACGGCGUCUCUUUGCUGUCCCCUGCAGUUUCUAGAAGGUUGGACCUGUCUCCCUCCACCAGAGUGUGUUUGUUAAUGUGUAAUUAAGUCGUAAUACAGUACAGCAGAUAGAACGACCCCUGCUGCGAGGUGCUGGCACUGUAACUGAGGCAAAAGGCCAAACACGCAGUAACAUGCACUCUUUGACCUGGGUGAGGGGGGCAGUGAAACACAUCAUCUUCUCCUUUCUCGGUACACACGCACACACGUGCUUUCAAACACUGUGGUUAUGUAUCUCUGCAGACACACACUUCAGUAUUUUGAUGACCAUAAUGGAUCUGAGCACUUAUGUAACCGUCCGGUGCUUCACUUUAAGAGACACUUCUGAUGCACUUUUGUGAGACAGGAGCUGGAGCAGGAUGUGAAAGUGUUUGUAUCACUCUGGAUCCAUUUGUGGAUCUUGUACUGUAGUGCACAGUCAUUCACCAUUAGGAGUGUGUAUGUGUGUGUUUUCUGAGCAGUUUGUUUAUAUCACAUUUUACUGUAUGCACCAUAAUACAUCAGAAUUUCUGAACCUCAAUUCUAAGAAUUUGAAAUAGAAAAUUAGGCAUUUUAAGAGUUGAAGGCUUGAGUAUUUAUUAAUCGAGGACCUUCAACCUCCAUUUACUAUUCCACUUUUUGUAAGGUGAUUCAUUUCUUCCAUGUAUUAUUCCAGCUUUUGCUUGAUUUAGUAAGCUGAAGGAACACAGUUAUGACGCAUAAAGGGUCUAUGAUUCAGACUCUCUCUAAAAAGAAAAGGUUAAGUCUUACAGUUUGGCAAAACUUUUAACCACUCUCUUUCUUAGACUUUCAUGGAGCCUGGUAGCUAUUGUGAGGUUACUAGGCAACCAGCAAACUACCGAAAAACCCAGCUCUAGACCAAAAUACAGCCUUGGAUUGGAUGUACUGUAAUUCUAAAGAAAACACAUACACCUACAUGCCUUUUAACAUUUUAGGUUUUUAUUCUGUAUUUUUACUAAACGAAACAAUUUGUUUUACUUUUUGUGCUUUUUGUCUAUAUGUUCAUAUAUCAUGAAAAAACUAAGAGCAAAAUUGCAUUUCUGAGUAUUUCUUCAUUCAGAUCUCUGUGAACCUCUGACAGACCUAAAUGGCAGGUUCAGACACAGUGAGAUUUCCUACGUCAUAACUCCAAGCUCCGCCCCAGCGCCCCACUCUGCAGGCCAGACUGCGAGGAGUAGAGAGGACGAUCGCAGAACAAGUGUGUGCGUUAGCGGAUUGCAACGCUCGUAAGAAAGCUAAUCAUGAUAUCAGCUUUCAUCAUGUCCCUGAAGACAUAAGUGUCUGAAAGCUGAAUGGUGCCUAUGUUACCUGCACAGGCAAUGUUAGACUACAAGCUAGCAUGAGGAGGUGUGUGCAGAGCAGCGCUGUCUCCGCCCACCACUCAGAGGCGAAUUGCUAAUGACCUUGAAAAUGACACAGAUAAGAUUUUGGCCAAAAACCUCAUCAUCACAAUUUAAAGACCAUGGAGAACACUAUAAAUAAUCAAAAAAUGUACAUACAAUCAGAGUGGGACUUAAAUGAUAAUUAUUUUUUUAAAACAGCUUUACAUUUUGAAAAAAAAAUUCAAAUUCCAUCGAACCCCUCCAUGUAAGGUUUCAAUUUAUCAGUUAUUGUUUCUCUGGCUCUCUGAUUCCUGCAAACGUGGCCUCGGGUCAUCCAUCACCUCAGUAUUUUUGUUCCAAACAAUAAUUCUUUACAUUGCACACAGCUGGUAUGCAUGCAAGCUGGACUUUUUAGCACACCCUUAACAUGUGUUGUUUAAUCUCUCUCUCUCUCUUUCUUUUCUCUUCAUGCUUCUUUCGGUGUCCUUUCUUUCUCUGUGUGAAAGUGAUUUUAACCCUCUGAAUGCAAGGAGUCAUUCAGUCCAGCUGGGCCCCAGCCAAGACUAACAAGAACCCCACAGCCUGAAAGGAGAGAAGCAUCAGCGGGAGAGAGAAGAAGAGGGGGAGGUGUUUGGAGAGAGUUGAAAUUAUUAAAUGCAAAGGUGGAAGGAGGAGUGAGGAAUGAAUGAAAGUCGAUAAGACGGGGGCUUCUUGAGCUUGCUCGUAAUGUGACAGAGGCUGUAGAGGUUCAAUGUGAUUACAGGGAGAAUAUAAAAGUCUCACUCCUAAUCUUCCUUCCAAUUAUUCCCCUAUCUUAUCUUGAACUCUCCUUUCCUGAAACACCCAGGAAGACUAAGAAAACGCUUUACAGAAAUGGCUUUGAAAAUAACCAAAAUAUUCACCUCUAUCUGCAUUCAACACUUUUUUAUUUCUGAGAGUAACGUCAGAUUAUGUUGGAGCAGGCUGCGUUUGAAUAACUGCACCCCUUGCCCGUAAAAUACAUCUAAAAAGGUUUUCUUCCAUGUCCUGCUUCUGCACAGUGUUGGUUUAUAGUUGUUAUAAAUAACCUAAUUAUUAUGUGCUUUUUUUGCUGGCAUGCAUCAAACUUUGUGCAAUAACUGCAUAGGAAAUUUCCUGUGUGUGUGUGUGCGAGAGCCUGUAAUAGCGUGCAAAAACCCAAAACCAAACCACAGCAGCAUCAUGUUUCAACAGCAGCAGCUAGAAGGAAACCUCAGACAACAAGCGUUAUCUCUAACAGGGCUGUGAGCUGGAGGGAUGGUGGUUAAACAGUGAUAAGGGAGGUGGGGUCUGGGAGUGGCAGUGGGGUGAUUUAAGCCUGGCUAUAAUGCUGUAUCGGCUGUAAAAUUUGUCAGGGAAUACCAUCAGCUUUCCCACGUUUCUCUUUACUGUUGCAGCUUUGUGCAUGCUGUAGUUUUUGUUCGCCUCAUUGGCUGCCCUUUUACAAAUGUUUCUUAGAGGGGCGUUCAUCCUCUGCUCUCUUAAAUAUAUGUUGGGCUCUCUUUGCAUAGAAUGACACUGCGGCUGGAUUAACAAGUUGGAGGGCCCCAGGGCAGAGAAGAACCUCUGAGACCUUGUUGCAUAAAAGAAAAACAUUUUUUUUUUCUCUUUUAAAAGUAGAAACUCUACUUGGGAUAUGAAGAUUGACAUAAUUGUUUUUCGCUCAAGAAGAAAGAAAAAUGUUCAUCUGUAAGCUUUGGGUGUCAUUUCAACAUGAUUUUGUGACAGCGGGGCAGAACCAGUUGACUUCUUGCUCCUUUCUUUAUACUAGACUGACUUAAUUCUGUAGAUCAGCCAUAACAUUACGACCAUCACUAAGGAUUGUUUUGGAACCCUGUCAUCAGUUCAGGGUCAAAACAGCCCUGACCUGAUAAGACUAUCAUGUCCCUCUGUGCCACCUUCUUCCAUCGCUCUGUAGCUCAGUUCUGACGCUCGAGCAUUGGCAUUUACUCCCCACCCGUGACAGCGAGCCUUCGCUGUCUAUGACCACUUUUGGUAAUUACAGACCACUGCAGCCCGGAAACACUUAACAAGAGCUCUAGUAAUAGAGAUGAUCUUACCCACUUGUUUAGCCAUCACUACCUAACCCUUAUCAAAACUGUCCAUGUCCUUGCUCUCAGCCUUUUUUCUGCCCUCAACGGAUCACUUGCUGCCUUACCUCUUAGACUCUCUGAGAGGCGCCAUUGUUACAAGAUAAUCACUGAUAUUUACUUUACUUUGGUCAUUGUUGGUUAGUGUAUAUUUACUUAACAGUCAUGCAGGAGGUACCAGAAGUCUUUUUUCAGAUGACAAAUCAGAAAAUGUGUUGAUCUCUAUCCUCAGUAUCUUCAGUCUGGAUCUUAGAUUACAUGAAAGAGUGCAGACACUGUCUCAGUUAUGUCACCAACUCGACUUAACAUUUCAUUACGUAGAGAUGGGAAAUAGCUGAAGCUAAAGCAAGUCCUAACCCUUUGGGCAUAAAGGUGGUAAAUCUAUGCAUGAGCCUUAGCCUUAAAAUGUUCGUAACAGGGUGUGGAAUAAAUGUGUUGAUUUGUUUUGUUUUGUAAAACAGACUAUUAGGGCUGCAUAGACAUUUUUCAAAAUCUUCAGUUUUUGCUGAAAUAGUGAUCCCCUCAGUUAAACACUGAGUUGGAAACAAAAUCUUCCACUGAGUAUCUUCUGUUUUUCCCCCUCCCUGUUUUUUUGCUAUUUGUGCCCCAUUAACUCAUAUUAAUAUCAGCCGCUUUUGAUUUUCCUCUUUCAAAUUAAACCUACAAAGUUGACCUUUUGCAAAAACAUUAUAAGAGCAGACUUUUUGUCCACACAGCUCUGUGAAUUGAGUUUAUUAGAACUUAUCUUACUAACAUUGUGGUUGGCUUAAUAAUUAUUAGUUUAAUCUGGCUUUGUGUGAUGACUGAGUGAGCGGCUACGAAAAGGAAAGCAGGGUCUGCCUUUUCCAAGCCACUGUCGAACCUGCAGAUGGUGUGAAAUCUAGUCCUCAAAAGCAGAUCCAUGGUGAAGAACCUUUUUUCCCCCUGCCUGACCUGUUUAUUGAUACUAUUUCCAUCAUUUCACCUUGGUCCCUUAAUCAGGAAUAUUUCAAAGAGAGAAAAGCUGAACAACCAACACACCAAACAUCUUCUCUCUCUCUUCUCUGUCUCCUUCUAGGUGUGUCAGUUUGUGGUGUCGGUGAACGGACUGAAUGUCCUCACCCAGGACUACCGAACCGUCAGCAAUCUUAUCCUAACUGGACCCAGAACAAUUGUCAUGGAGGUGAUGGAGGAGGUAUAAUUUUGAGGAGAGCAACCCUUGGACUCCUUGUUCAGUAGUGCAGUAAAAACUGCGAGGACAAAGGCGUGGCUUCAUACUUGACCAUGACACCAGUGCAACAAAGCUGUGUGGACACCUUUCAACAUCUUUGUCCCGUCAUUGUUUGGACAAGGUGGAUGACUGAGCAUGUGUUUGAGAAUGUGGGUAUUCGAGUCAGGUCAAUGAUUCAGCCUGUGGGCAAAACGCACAGGUUAUACUUGACUUUUUAAAGUCUACCACCUCAAGGACGGUGAUCAAACUGCUUCAGUGUGGCAGACACAACUCUCAGUCUUAACAAGGAGGCCCAAGACACAACAGUAUAAACCACAGACCUGUUUUUGUCUGAUUUCCAAACCAGAAGAGAGUUCAACCAUAAAACUGCUACUGAAUGUGACGACUGUUUUAAAAGGACAGCCAAGAAUAAGAUACUUUUUUUUAAAUCAGGAAAUGAAAAAGUAAAAAAAGCUGAAACUGUGAAAAAGUGAAAAAACCUCACAUUAACACAUUCAGUGACCUCUCCCCCAGUUACAAACAAACCACAGACUGAAGCUCCUGGUGGCUCUACACUGCCCUCUGCUGGAAACAACAAGAAGACACAAUCAGAGGGAAACACUCUGUCAAUUGAUUAUUUUUAUCUUUCUUUUUUCUUUCUUUUCCUCAGGAGCUGUUGUGGCGUAAAGAAAAAAGUUAUACUUUUGUUUUGUGAAUGAAUUAACAAAACUAUGGAGGAAGAUUUAUAUGUAGCUGCUAGAGUUUAGCUAGUUUACAGAAAGAAAAUGCAGUGAUAUGUUGUAUCUGAAGUUAACAGGCACAGUGUACAUAGAAAGUUAAGAAAUGCUGAAUGCACAAACUAAAGAGAAAUGGUAUUUAUGGGAUGAAACCCUUUUUUUAGUUCAAACCCUAACGACAGCACUGAGAAGAUCCAAAAGACUUAAAAUAAUUGUUUUUAAAAGUUUUAUGAUCAAUGAUUUGGUGUCUUUUGGGCAUUUUUUAUAUUCUUAGGGUUAAAUACAUUUACAAUAAUAAGAUUUUUUUUUUUUUUAGAUUUUGUUCAAAAGAUAAAAAAUUAAAAGUAAAUUUUCUCUUUUACACAAUGUUGGGAUGCCCUAAACUACCAUCAAGAAAAAAGUUUUAUUUUUUGUCUAAAAAGAAGUUAUUCUUAAUUUUGGGUCAUAACAGUGGAAUUAACAAAAUAAACGAGACUCUGUGUAAAAUAUCCUAAUUUUGGCUCCAAAUGUACUGCCAGAUUUGAUUCCUAGACUAUUCCUCAUGGCAGAGUUGGUAUUUCAUUUAAAAUUGAUAUGGUCAUUUCUUAAUGUUUGGGGAAAAAUCUAGUGUUCACCAAGUGUGCGAGCAACAGUUGAACAAUUUUGUAAUCUCAUAAAAGGAUGUAGGUGUCAAAGCUUUCCUUUUUAAGAAUAAAAGUAAGAAUUUAAAUCUGUAAAUAUAAACACACACACACACGUAGUCACAUACAGUCUGUGAUUAGAAAUAAACGACAUAUAAGCAACCUCUAGUUUACCAGAGUGUAGAUAGAAAAGCUGUGAGAAACUUUGAUUCAUAGAAAAUAUUUGAUUUUCAAUUAAAUAUUUUCUAUGUGGUAGCAAAGUGAAACUGCUCUAUAGAUGUUGUCAGUGAUUCUGAUAUAAACACUACACCUUUUGUCAAAUUCAGCAUUUAGAGAGGGGAGAUCACCUGAUGACUACAAAUCCUUAUUCACGGGGAUAGUCGUGAUAAAUGCUGUAAAGUUUGAUAAAACUGCACUCUUCCUUUCCUUCAUUUUUAAAAGGAGGAUCAAAAACAACUUGAGGACUGUUCAAAGACAAACAAUCUCUUUCUGCAGUCGCUGACUUCAUCUCAAAAGCAGACUACUUUUAUAAUAUAUGGAUCUGUAACCUCAAAGUUGAUGUUAGGAUGAACAGUAUGUUUGUACAACGCCAUCAUGUGCUUAGGCAUGAGAAGACCUCAUUUAAAACUAUGUAAAGGUAAAAGAAGAGCAUGAUUAAGUAAUGUUGAUACUGCUCCUACAGGUAAACUUACUAAGAUGUGUUUGUGAUCCAUGCUAGUGUGUUCCUGAGUACGCACUUGUAAAAUUGUCUGUUUUAUACAAAAACAACACUGCCUCGUGAAUUGGAUGUGUACUUAGUUUAGCCCUUAAGUCAAAUUAAGACUAUUAAUACUUUACUAAAAUGCAUUUAAGUGGACUUUUUUUUAUCAAAAGGUGAACAUACUGUAUAUUCAGGAGAUCUUCAUUGCCAAUCAGAAGAGUAAACUGUCCCUGUGAACUGCCUUUCAGUGUGUGCAGUGAGUGUUCGGUGGACAUCUCUCUGGUGUUUCUCAGUGUGCUUCGGUGUUGUUGCAGUGACACGCAUGGUUCCUGUAAAUCUGUGAUAAAGUAGUUUUAGUUUAUAAUCCAAAGCAGCUUCUUCGGUCUGUUGUAGGACUGAGUGAUGUGACAAAUCAUUUCAGGAAUAGAAGUUUUGUUUUUGUCACACUGUUUUCAGGAUCCCUGCUCAUUUCCAGUGAAAGAUUAUAGAACAAACUAUGUAAAUAAUAAAUGCAUAAGAGUACUGAGAAUAUUUAAGAGAUGGGUGGUGCUCUCUCUGGUUGAUUGUGAUGGACAUGUAUUUCAUUUUAACUCUGUUAAUCUGAUCUGAAAUUUGUCCUCUUUAAGUUGAAUGAUACCAUACCAGAAAAUGUACUUUUUGAACCUGUUCAUCUGAAACUGAUGUAGUUUACUGUGUUUGGAGUGAAUAUAAUGGAGGGACACAUAUUUCAUUAUUAUGUUAUAUUUUCCCCUUUUUUCCAUUCGGCAGGUAACAUAGCAGAGAUUUCAUGGUUGAAAUAUGCAGGGAUGUUUCACAUGUGGCAGUCAGCUGAAACAAGUUCACUUACUGUUCAACAAUACAUUUGCCUUAACACUUCAUUUUGCUGCUAACCCUACAUGUUCAUCAUCCAGUCUCUUUUUCUGUCACUUGUUCUGCUUGUCCUGUUUUAGAUAUGAAACAUGCUCACUGUGUUUAAUGAUCAUAUAUCAGUUCUGUAGACAAUCAGUGUUUCAUAGACACCACCUCCAAAUAGCACAAAGCAACGAUCUAACAGAAUGUAUUUUACCACCAUCGCUCACAUUGUGCUGUUUGUAUUUUUAGUGUUAUACUUUAACUCUCAGCAUAGAUUUGGAUGUUUAAAAAAAGGGAUUAUUUGCUUAAAGUUUACCUUGUUAAUGCCAGGUUGAGUUGCCUUUCAGCAGGUGCAGCUGUAUGGUUAUCGUUCUCAGCUAACAGAGAUGGAAGGAUUGGUUUUGAUGACGAUUACUACACGUCUGUUUUUGACAAAGCAGCUAAUUCUCAUUCUGAUGCUCUGAACAAUUAAUAAACAAACUGAUUCAAAUCCAUGUGU